GCCCACCUGUGUCCAGCAGAUCACCCACCUCUGCCCAGCAGUGCACCCACCUGUGCCACUCUGCAGUGUCACACACCUGUGCCCAGAAGUGCCACCUACCUGUGCUCAGCAGUGCCACCCACCUGUGCCGCCCACAGCCCAGCAGUGCCACCCAGCAGUGCAGCCCAGCAGUGCUGCCAGUGUCAGUGCCCAGGGGUUGUGCCAGUCAGUGCCGCCAGUCAGUGCCCAGCAGUGAUGCCAGUCAGUGCCGUCUAUCAGUACCCAUCAUCAGUGUCACCUAUCAGUGCCGCCUAUCAGUGCUGCCUAUCCGUGCCCUUUAGUGCUGCCUAUCAGUGCCCAUCA